AGCAGAUUGGGUAAGUUCCCCUUCCGCUUCCUCUGCUCCAGUCCGGAGCUGCCAUCCUCGGCCAGUGCCUUGCAGGCUCUCCACAUCCCUGGUGCCCGCAGAGACACUCCGAGUCCUGAGUUGUCACUGCCGCCGCCCCCCAGGCCUCUGACGCCAUGCAAGCCAUCAAGUGUGUGGUGGUAGGAGACGGAGCCGUUGGCAAGACCUGCCUCCUCAUCAGCUAUACAACCAAUGCCUUCCCGGGAGAGUACAUCCCCACCGUAUUUGACAACUAUUCAGCCAAUGUGAUGGUGGACAGCAAGCCGGUGAACCUGGGACUAUGGGAUACAGCUGGACAGGAAGACUACGACCGUCUCCGGCCACUCUCCUACCCCCAGACGGACGUCUUUCUCAUCUGCUUCUCUCUCGUCAGCCCAGCCUCUUAUGAGAAUGUCCGUGCCAAGUGGUUCCCCGAGGUGCGGCACCACUGUCCCAGUACUCCCAUCAUCCUGGUGGGCACCAAGCUGGAUCUGCGGGACGACAAGGAUACCAUCGAGAAACUGAAGGAGAAGAAAUUGGCCCCCAUCACCUACCCACAAGGCCUGGCGCUGGCCAAGGAGAUUGACUCGGUGAAGUACCUAGAGUGUUCAGCCCUCACCCAGCGGGGCCUGAAAACUGUCUUCGAUGAGGCUAUCAGGGCUGUCCUAUGCCCCCAACCCACGCGGACACAGAAGAAAGGCUGCAGUAUCCUCUAGGGGU